AUGGAGAAGAAAAACCAGGAAGAACGAAUCCAAUCCCAACCCAACCCAAAAGUGACGUCACCACUCAGAGACAAAAAAGCAGAUGAAAACCUGCGGAUGGAAGACGUCAUCCUCGACAUCCUCGGCAUCGUCGGCAUCGCUGACCAGCGGCGACUCUUCGGAAUUCUUGAUGUUCCAGCCUCUGAUGACGUCUCCAUGGCUCAGACAGUGCGACGAGGUGCUCGGCGCGUCGUCGUCCUCGUCUUCGGAAGACUCGGGGAACAGGCGCCAGACGCAGCAGCGGUGCUCGUCGCGGCAUCGCUGCCUCGCCGUCGAGGAAAAGGUCGAUUCAACGAGCAGGACAGGAUCGCAGAAUGGAAGAACUGGACGAAACGAAUGGAUGGAGACGUGUGUGGUGACGACGCGACGCGUAAGUGGUGCUGGCAGAUGCGACAGAAGAUGGCGUGGAGACGUCGGCCAGCCCUGUUGAAUGUUGACUCUCGUGGCGCCCAUUGA